AUGGCACGCGUAGUCAAGUCUUUCAUCAACGGCAAGUACGUGGCCCCCCGGGCGUCGGCACCGAGCUUCACGUUGCUUAACGCCACGACGCGCAAGCCCGAGACGUCGUUCACAGCUGCUGAUAAGGCGCAAGUGGACGAGGCCGUAGGCGCAGCUCGAUCCGCUCAGAGACACUGGCGACGUCUGAGUCCCGCCGAGCGUGGAUCCAUCCUCCGCAAAGCCGCAGACAUCCUGACGGCCAAGACAGACGAGAUCGCGACGCGCGAGACCAUCGACACUGGUCGUCCCAUCGCUGAGACGACCGUCACGGACAUACUGAGCGCCACAGACUGUUUGAACUACUAUGGCGGAGUGAGUCCGUCUGUAGGGGGUCAACACUUGGAGCUCACGGGAGGCAGCUGGGCUUAUACGAAGCGCGAGCCAUUGGGCGUCACUGCCGGUAUCGGCGCGUGGAACUACCCGCUGCAGAGCGCGGCCUGGAAGUCUGCACCUGCUUUGGCGUUCGGUAACUCGAUGGUGUUCAAGCCUUCUGAGGAGACGCCGCUCACAGCCUUGAAGCUGGCUGAAGCUUAUGUGGAGGCUGGUGUCCCCAAGGGUGUUUUCAAUGUGGUAUUGGGAGCAGGCGAGACGGGACAAGCGCUAGUGGAGCACCAGGACGUCGCCAAGGUCUCGUUUACUGGCUCAGUUGGUACUGGUCGCAAUGUGUAUGCAGGCGCAGCAAAAGACCUCAAGAAAGUGACGAUGGAACUCGGAGGCAAGUCGCCUCUUAUUGUGUUCGAUGACGCCGACAUCGAGCAGGCUGUAGCCGGUGCUAUGAUGGGCAACUGGUACUCGUCCGGCCAGGUGUGCUCCAACGGCACGAGAGUGUUCGUGCAGCGUAAAAUCUUUGACAAGUUUGUGCAGCGUAUGCAUGAACGCACUUUGAAGCUGCGUAUCGGUGACCCACUGGACCCAAGCACAGACAUUGGACCGAUGAUCCACAAGAAGCACAUGGAACUGGUGCAGAGUUACAUUGAGAAGGGCGUGGGUGAAGGCGCCACGUUGCUAAAGGGCGGAGGUGAACGUAUUAUGCCGUCGGAGGCCACCAAGGAUGGCUUCUUCCUCACCCCUGCGAUCUUUGUGGACUGCAAGGACGAGAUGACCAUCGUACGUGAAGAGAUCUUUGGCAUGGUCAUGUGUAUUCUGCCAUUCGACACCGAAGAGGAAGUGCUGGCGCGUGCGAACGACACGAUCUUCGGCCUCUCGGCUGGUGUCUUCACGAAGGACAUUACACGCGCCCACCGCAUGAUCGAUGAGCUGCAGGCUGGCACGACGUGGAUCAACAAUUACAACUUGGCGCCAGUGGAGACUCCGUGGGGUGGCUACAAGAAGUCUGGUGUCGGUCGUGAGAACGGACUUGCCGGUAUUGACUCGUGGACGCAGCUCAAGUCCGUGUACGUCGAGAUGAACGAAGUCUGGUGCCCUUACGCGAAGUAG